AUGUAAACAGAGAAACCCACCCCAAAAACAGAGGCUGAUUAUUAGGCUUAGGCAGCAUAAUUAUCAGACGCUCAGUUAUAAGAAGAAAUUAAUAAGCUAAUGAAGAGAGCACAUGAAUUAAGGAACUAAUGUUCAAGGGAAGUGAAUCAAAAAAAGCACUAUGAAGAUUCAUUAGAAAGUACAAAGAAGAGAGUAGGUAUCAUGACCACUCUUCCAUACUUGGUAUCAAAUGUAGUGGAGAUCUUGGACAUUGAAGCCGAAGAUAAAGAUUAACAAGAUCAAUCUGUGACUGAUGGUUAUGCUACAAUCUCUGGGAAAGGUGUAGUAAUCAAGACAACUACGAGACAAACAAUCUUUUUACCAGUCACUGGUUUAUUGAAUGCAUCAUAAUUAAAACCUGCAGAAUUGAUUGGAGUCAACAAGGAUGGCUAUAUGUUAUAUGAGAAAUUACCAACUGAAUAUGAUGCUAGAGUCAAGACAAUGGAAGUUGAUGAGAAACCAUAGGAAGAUUAUACAGAUAUUGGAGGAUUGGAUAAAUAGAUUGAAGAAUUAAGAGAAGCUAUUGUCUUACCAAUUGUGCAUAAGGAGAGAUUUGAAAACAUAGGAAUUAGACCACCAAAAGGAGUAUUGAUGCAUGGACCACCAGGAACAGGUAAAACUAUGAUGGCUAGAGCCUGUGCUGCUUAAACCAAGGCAACAUUCUUGAAAUUGGCUGGACCUCAACUAGUGUAAAUGUUUAUUGGAGAUGGUGCCAAAAUGGUUAGAGAUGCCUUCCAAUUGGCCUAAGAAAAGGCCCCUGCCAUCAUUUUUAUUGAUGAAUUGGAUGCCAUUGGAACGAAAAGAUAUGACAGUGACAAGAAUGGUGACAGAGAAGUCUAAAGAACUAUGCUUGAGUUGUUGAAUUAAUUAGAUGGAUUUAGUCCUGAUGAUAGAAUUAAAGUUAUUGCUGCAACCAAUAGACCUGAUAUAUUGGACCCAGCUUUGUUGAGAUCAGGGAGAUUGGAUAGGAAGAUUGAGUUCCCAUUGCCAAAUGAAGAAGCUAGAGCUUAAAUUUUAAAGAUUCAUUCUAGAAAGAUGUCUGUGGCCAAAGAAACUGUGAAUUAUGUUGAAAUCGCUAGAAGUACUGACGAAUUUAAUGGAGCCCAAUUGAAGGCUGUCUGUGUUGAGGCUGGUAUGAUUGCAUUGAAUAGAGGAGGAACAUUCUUGAUUCACGAGGAUUUUGUGGAAGGUAUCGCUGUUGUACAAGCUAAAAAGAAAAGUAGUUUAAAUUAUUAUGCUUGA